AUGCAAGCCGCAAACCGUAUCCAGAAAGCCCUCAGCACCCAGCGAGGUUUAUCCUUCGGCGCCUGGCAGAUGCUCCCAGGCGCCAACCAUGCCAGGUUCAUGGCUCGAACAGGAUAUGACUGGAUCUGUGUGGAUACAGAGCAUGGGAAUAUCGCCGAUUGGCAGAUGCAUGAGGCGGUCGCAGCGAUUGCGGCGACAGGAACGAGUCCGAUUGUGCGGAUUGCGGCGAAUGAGGGGUGGAUGGUGAAGAGGGCUUUGGAUGCUGGUGCGCACGGAAUCGUCGUCCCUCUGCUGUAUACGGCGGAUGAUGCCCGGAAACUGGUCGAGUCGGCCAAGUUCCCCCCAGUUGGUCGUAGGGGAUUCGGGAGUCCGUUUGCGAUGGGCUCGACCGGCGGUGUCUCCCAGUUGGAGUAUUUGCAGCAAGCGAAUGACUCGCUGGUCACCAUUGUGCAAAUCGAGACCAAGGAGGCACUUGAGAAUGUCGAGGAGAUUGCCAAAGUUCCCGGUAUCGAUGUCUUGUUCAUCGGACCCUGGGAUCUAGGAAAUAACAUCGGUCGUCCCGUCAUGGGUGCAUUCCAUGAUGAUUUAAAUACUGCGAUUGAGCGUAUUCGCCAAGCGGCCAUCGCCAAUGGCAAGAGAGUGGGUAUUUACUGUGUCGGUGGAGAGACUGCGAAGAAGUAUGCGGAACAGGGGUUCCAUAUGAUCUCAGUGGUCGCUGAUGCCGUUGCCCUGCCUACUUUCCUCUCCAAUGAAUUGGAGACCGCCAAGGGCUCCAAGACUGAUGCUGCAGUUCCCACAUACUAA